GACCGCUUCCAACCGAAAUAACGGACCACUCUAAUGUCACUCUUCCGUUCUGGCUCACAUCACAAACAUACCCAAUGCGGCUGGUGCAUAGAACUUUAUCAGGCCAAGUUUGUAGCAAAUCAAGCGUUCAACAUAGUGAUUCAAAGUCAAAUUCAAAAUAAAUUUAUUGAAGAUGAAGAUAAUUUUUGUGAUACUUUUUACCAUCUUAAAACUCGACGGCAUGAUAUCGUUUUCUGUGAAUUCCGGUUCAUCAAAAGUUCUAAUUCAAGGUUUCCGUUGGCCCGCUGAUGCUGCUGCGAUGCAGAAAAUUCCAGAUAACAAAGUGCUUGUUUUUAAUAACGCAAAAGUUGACAUACUUCCGAAUUAUUUCGCAAAUCAAUUCGAGAAAUGCAUUCGUAUUGACUUUCAAUAUGGAACUGUUAAAACUAUUCACAUAAACCCUAAAAUAACGCACAUGGAAAUACGCUUUUCAUAUACUGAAAAUUUGAUGAUUGAACGUGAAACACACUAUCAGCUAGAAAAGUUUCUAUGUAUCAGAACGAAACUAACAUAUAUUCCAGAAAACAUAAAUCAACUGAAAAAAAUUAGGGAAUUAGAUCUUUCGCACAACUUGAUAGAAACAGUACAACUGGAUCAAUUUGAUGGGUUGGCCAAUUUGGAAAAGCUUGGUCUAUCUUUCAAUAAAAUAAAACGUAUUGCAAGUGAUGGUUCGAUUAGUUUUCCAUCGCUCACUGAUAUGCAACUUGAACAUAAUCAAUUGCAACACUUUGACGUAUGUAGUUGGAACAUGUCUUCACUUCACCGCCUUAAUCUAAAACAUAACAAUUUGACACAUUUUGCAAUCAACCACUUUCGCUCACUACACUUAUUAAACAUGGAGGAUAAUCCACUAAAUUGUGCAUGGAAAGAUAGUUUACUGGAAGACAAACGUGGCAGGGAUAUCUUAGGUAAACUAACUUGUGACGAAAAAAGCGUGAAUAUUUUCGGGUUAGACUGUUCGCCAUCAAACAAAAAGAUUGAAGAAAGAUCUCCGGCGACCAUCGAUCAAUUGCAGCAGGAAAUUUCUAAUUUCGACUCCAAGCUAGCCAACAUGGAAGAAACAAACAACAAAAAACUUUCCGAUUUGAGCAACAGAAUAGAAAAAAUUGAAGCUCUUCUGGAAAAUCUGGUGUCGAAAAUCAUCGAACAACAAAAUGUCUCAAACGACAUCAUUGAGGCUAUGUAUAGGAUAGAAAUUGAAAGAGCGUCUCAAAACAAGAAGAAUAAAUAAGCAUACUUAUCUUUACACUGAUUACGUAUAUUUAGCUUAAGUUGUCCUUGAAAUAAAUGUCAUACGGAAGUAACACUUUUUUACAAUUCUUUUAGUUUGGAGUACAGUAGACGUUCGCUCGGUGCAAACGCUUUAACUGCAAUGCUUUAUACUGCAAGUCCGGUAAGUGCAACAGUUUUGCAGUUAUCGCACCCCUAUCCGUCAAAUUAAAUUUCUGUCAAAGCAGACGACAGCUGCAUAGCGAUACACUUUUAAAUGCAUUUUUGAUCACUUUCAGACAAACUGACAAGUCUUUGAUGUCUGUCAGUCGUUGCAGUUAACGAAUUUCAUUCGGUAGGUGAAACGUAAACAUGUUGCAGUUAUCGAACGUCUACUGUAAAAAUACUCAUUCGAUC